ACCAAGGGCCGGCCAGAUGAGACCCUGAAGGCCCUGCAGUGUCUCCCGCCCUCCUGGUGAAGGGGCAGGAUUCCACUUCUGACUGGCCCUGCUCCCAGCCUGCCUUAGUUGCCUGGCAACGGCUCUGCGUCUCUCGCUGAGGACACACCAUGGCCGGUGGUGGCAAUCCAGCAGCCAAGAGGGUGGUGGUAUACCGGAACGGGGACCCCUUCUCCCCAGGCCGCCAGCUGGUGGUGAGCCAAAGCCGCUUUCCCACCCUGGAGACCUUCCUCUGUGAGGUGACCUCGACUGUGCAGGCCCCGGUGGCUGUGCGGGCCCUCUAUACGCCUCGUGGUGGUCACCCUGUCACGGACCUGGCCGACUUGCAGAAUGGAGGGCAGUAUGUGGCUGCUGGCUUCGAAAGAUUCCGCAAGCUACACUAUUUAUCCCCCAGACGGAAGGAUCCAGGUGGGAAGGGCAGCAGACUACCAGGUCCUCCUGUGACUCACCACCCAGGUGACGGGACCCUUAGACCGCGACCACCUGCAGGUUCCUCCUGCUACAUCCAUGUGUUCAGGAAUGGGGACCUGGUAAGUCCCCCAUUUAGCCUGAAGCUGUCCCAGGCUGCCAGCGAGGACUGGGAAACCGUGUUGAAGCUCCUGACUGAGAAGGCCAAACUGCAGGCCGGGGCUGUAUGCAAACUCUGCAGCCUGGAGGGGCUCCCACUGUCAGCAAGAGAGGCUCUGGUGAAUGGCCAUUAUUAUGUGGCGGUCGGAGAGGAGGAGUUCCAGGCCCUGCCUUAUGUGGAGCUGCUGGUGCCUAGCCCCUCACUGCCCAGGGGCUGCUGGCACCCCCCAGACCCAAAGUCUAAGCCACACAAGCCGCGGGCCCAGGGCCACAGGGCACAGGCACCCCAGCCCUCUCCAAAGGAACCAAGCCACAUUGAGCCAUCUGCUUUCUAUGCCAGACCCCAGCAGGCCAUUCAGCCGAGCAACAGGCUCCCCACGCUCUCAUUUCCCUCAGGAGUCAAGGGAGUGUACGAGACUCUCCACCCGAGGAAGGAGACAGCAGGGGCCCAGGAAGUGGCAGAUGAUGAAGACACCUGCACGGAGGAACCCUUGGAUCAGAAACUUCAGCUGAGGGCUGGAGGCGACAAGGGACGCUAAUGCUCCGUUCUCUAUGGCCUUCCGCCUCCUCCAGAGGGCAGCGCAGAUGGUGGGCGAGGCCCUGUGCCUGGAAAAGCAGCCUGGGGCUGGGGCAGCGGUCUCAGCCUCAACCCCGUCUCUGCCACCUUGAG